AUCACACACAGCUGACUGUAUGGAGCUGACCGUAUGGACAAGGGUCAUCGUGGGGAGUCCGAUGGCGGCGUACCUGGCGCCCUCCGAUCGGCAACAAUCUCAAUUGGAGCCGGCCGUCAUAACCCUCGAAGCUAUCUAGAGCUCUCCAAGGCAUACCGGUUCAGCUGCUUCGGGUGUGCAACAAAGGAUAUACAAUGACUACCACAAAUUUUCGAAUUCUUGUCCUCCCAGGCGACCAUGUUGGCCCCGAGGUCAUGGGCGAAGCCUUAAAGGUGCUGGAUGUUGUUGAAGAGCUUCGACCUACGCUCAAGUUUGAGAGAACCUUUGACCUCGCCGGUGGGAGCAGCAUCGACAGGCACGGCGUUCCCAUCACUGAAGAAGUGUUGGAAAAGGCCGCAAACAGCGAUGCCGUUCUCUUCGGCAGCGUUGGCGGCCCAGAAUGGGCGGACUCCUCACCGGGACCGGAGACGGGACUCCUCCUCCUUCGAAAACGACUCAACGCUUUUGCGAACCUUCGCCCUUGCGAGAUUCUCGUCCCAUCGUUAAUCGAUGCGUCUCCCCUCAAGCCAGAUGUCGUCAAAGGAACCAAGUUCAUCGUCGUCAGAGAGAACUGCGGCGGUGCCUACUUUGGCGAAAAGGUAGAGACCCAGGGCGAGGCUUCUGAUCUCUGGGUGUACACCCCGUCCGAGGUCCAACGAUGCGCCCGUGUUAGUGCCAGUGUCGCACGCAUUCUCGGGAGAGAUGGCGAUAGCAAAGGCGGCGGUGGACCAGCUGUUGUGUGGAGCGCUGACAAGGCCAAUGUCCUUGCCAGUGGAAGGCUCUGGCGGCGAGUUACACAGCAGAUCUUUGAUGAUGAGUUCCCUGACAUUGAGCUCCGACAUCAACUCGCCGACAGCAUGGCCAUGCUCAUGGUCAAGAAUCCCCGCGGAUUCAAUGGCGUCAUCCACACCGACAACACCUUUGGAGACAUUCUCUCAGAUAUUUCGGGCGGAAUUGUCGGCAGCUUAGGCACCUUGCCAAGCGCCAGCAUCUCUGGAAUCCCAAGCGAAGGACGAUGCAAUGGCAUCUACGAGCCGGUACAUGGAAGCGCUCCCGAUAUUGCCGGAAAGGGGUUGGUGAACCCGGUUGCGCAAAUCCUCAGCCUAGCGAUGCUGCUGAGAUAUUCUUGUCUGCUCGUCGAAGAGGCUUCGGCGAUCGAGCAGGCCGUCCAACGCGUUUUUGAUUCCAAGGACAAUGGAGGCUUGGGGAUUAGGUCGAGAGAUAUGGGAGGCGAGGCAGGGACUCAACAAGUAGGAGAUGCCAUUUGCGCAACGCUGAAGGAUAUUCUAACUGCGUAAAUUGUACAAAGUCGAGCACUACAUCAAUACC